CUUAUAGCAUGGACUCCAAAGUCUCCUCCCCAACCUUGCUUGAAGCUCUAAGCAGCGAUUUCCUGGCCUGUAAAAUUUGCCUGGAGCAGUUACACACGCCCAAGACCCUGCCAUGCCUGCAUACCUAUUGCCAGGACUGUCUGGCCCAACUGGACAUCGGUGGCCAGGUCCGCUGCCCUGAGUGUCGGGAGACUGUGCCUGUCCCCCGUGAAGGUGUGGCCGCCUUUAAGACCAACUUCUUUGUCAAUGGGCUCUUGGACCUUGUCAAGGCCAGGGCUCCAGGAGACAUACAUUCAGGGAAGCCAACCUGUGCUCUUUGCCCUCUGGUGGGAGGCAAAAGCUCUGGGGGACCGGCCACAGCCCGGUGCCUGGACUGUGCGGAUGACUUAUGCCAAGCCUGUGCCGAUGGACAUCGCUGCUCCCGUCAGACCCACAAACACCGUGUCGUUGACCUGGUGGGUUACAGGGCCGGGUGGUAUGAUGAAGAGGCCCGAGAACGCCAGGCCUCCCAGUGUCCCCAGCACCCAGGGGAAGCCCUCUGCUUCAUGUGCCAACCUUGUUCUCAGUUGCUCUGCAAGGACUGCCGCCUGGGUCCCCAUAUCGAUCACCCCUGCUUGCCCCUGGCGGAAGCAGUGCGGUCCCGGAAACCUGGCCUUGAGGAGUUAUUGGCAGGCGUGGACAGCAAUUUGGUGGAGCUAGAAGCCACCCGGGUGGCAGAAAAAGAAGCCCUGGCCCUGCUUCGGGAGCAGGCAGCCAGUGUGGGGACGCAGGUAGAGGAGGCAGCGGAACGAAUCCUCAAGUCCCUGCUGGCCCAGAAACAGGAAGUGCUGGGCCAGCUCCGCGCCCUUGUGGAAACGGCUGAAGAGGCUACUAGAGAGAGAUUGACCAAGAUAGAGAGCCGGGAGCAGGUGGCCAAGGCGGCUGCUGCCUUUGCCCGUCGGGUGCUCAGCCUCGGUCUGGAGGCAGAGAUCCUUUCGCUGGAGGGAGCCAUCACACAGCGCCUGCGCCAGCUUCAGGACUCUCCGUGGACACCUGGGCCCACUCGCUGUGUACUGCCCCAUCUGGAACUCCAUCCGGGGCUCCAGGACAAGAACUGCCACCUGCUUCGACUCUCUUUUGAGGAGCCAAAACAGUCGCAGAAGGACAGUGGGAAGGGUGGAGCUGGUACCCAACGAGGAGACGAAGCUCAAAGCCAUGGGGAAGAUAGGAACAAGAUAGGGAAGCAGGGUGGGGGCCAGCUCCCGUGUAAGGAUGGAGCCCUGACUCCCAAAGAAGGCAAAGCCCAGGACCCUCUAGAAGAUGACGAAGUCCUAGUCGAAAGGGGGAACAGAUCUAACAAGAAGAAAAAGUGCAAAGGCAGGGGCAAGCCCGUUUCUCGGGAACCCAGCCCCAUUCUGAGGCCAAACCUAGAAGGCUCAGGCCUCCUCCCUCGGCCUGUUUUUUCCUGGAGUUUCCCCACGAGGAUGCCUGGGGACAAGCGUUCUCCACGCAUCACCGGGCUAUGUCCCUAUGGCCCCCAGGAGAUCUUGGUGGCAGAUGAACAGAACCGGGUCUUAAAACGCUUUUCCCUCAACGGCGACUACAAGGGCACAGUGCCGGUUCCUGACGGCUCUUCCCCGUGCAGCGUGGCGGCUCUGCAGAACGCCGUGGCUUUCUCCGCCAACGCGAAGCUCUAUCUUGUCAGUCCCGAGGGGGACGUUCUGUGGCGCAGGUCCCUGAGCCUCACCCAGUCAAGCCACGCUGUGGCCGCAAUGCCGUGUGGAGACAGGGUAGCUGUCAGCGUGGCAGGCCAUGUGGAGGUGUACAAGAAGGAAGGCAGCCUGGCCACUCGCUUUAUCCCCGGAGGCAAGGCUAGCCGGGGCCAGCGGGCACUGGUGUUCUUGACCACUAGCCCCCAGGGCAAUUUUGUAGGGUCCGAUUGGCAGCAGAAUAGCGUGGUUUUCUGUGACGGCCUAGGCCAGGUGAUCUGGGAAUACAAGGGCCCUGGUUUACAUGGCUGCCAGCCAGGUUCUGUGUCGGUGGAUAAGAAGGGCUAUAUAUUUCUGACCCUUCGAGAGGUGAACAAGGUGGUGAUCCUGGAUCCCAAGGGGUCACUUCUUGGUGACUUCCUAACAGCAUACCAUGGCCUGGAAAAGCCCCGGGUAACCACCAUGGUAGAUGGCAAAUACCUGGUGGUAUCUCUUAGUAAUGGGACCAUCCAUGUCUUUAGGGUCAGGUUUCCUGACAGUUAAAGGGACUUUUAGGGUUGGGAUGGAGGGGGCGGGCAGUGUAGCUGG